AUGCAUCAACUUUUUGUUGUGGUACUAGGUCAGAAGGAUCUGUCUCGUGCGGGAGAUCUCUUCUCCUUGGAGGAUACUGAAAUUGAAGAUUGUCUAUCAGAAGCUCUUGAACAAAUAAAAGAAAUAUCUUCCUCACCAGGCUAUCUGACAAAUGACAAUGAUCAGGCAGUGGUGGAAAUCUGCAUUACUCGAAUCACUACUGCUAUUAGGAAGACAAAAUCUAUUGAGAAGCAUGGAAAGGCUCUAGUAAUGUUGUGGGAAUCGUGCUUAGAGCAUAAUCUGAAACCAGUCAGCAAGGAUGAAGAUACUCCACAUGCUAAAAUUGUUUCUGACAUAAUGAGUUGCAUCUUUCAAAAUUACAAUAAUCCAGCUGUCAUGGCUCUUGCUGUUCCAGUAGCUGUAAAAUUCUUGCAGAUGGACAACAAGGAACUUUCCCGGAACAUGUCUAACUACCUGUCACUCGCAGCUAUUGGCAAACCAGAAAUCCUUGCAAAGCACACAGCAACCAUUGUAAACAGUAUACUUCAAGGGAAUUCCAUGUUGCUGCGUGUUUUACCUUCAGUGUAUGAGAAACAGCCUGAACCUAUUAACUAUCACGUGACAGAACUAGUCCAAUUAAUGUCACGACUGGAACCAUCUGAGCAGCAGCAUCUUCUCCGCCUUCUACAAUUAAUAACCAAGCAAUGUCCUCAGGUCUUAAAUGAAUCCAUUCCAUCUUUGAUUACCCAGCUGAAAGAACCCAGCUAUAGUGACUUCAUCCUAAAUAUGUUGGUGGAUCUUGUGGCUUUCAAUCAAUGUGUCCUAGAUAAUUCCAUUGAAAACCUGAAGGAAAUUGCUGAAAAUUACCCAAAUCUGUUAGGACAAAUUGCCAAGAUUUUUGGGGCCAUUGGCUGUAUUAAUGAGGAAAAGGCAAGGAGCUGCCUGGUUUAUCUGGUGACCCAGCUGGCAAAUAUGGAACACUGUUUUCAUCAUAUCCUGCUUCUAGAGAUUAAAAACAUCACUGACACAUUUGGCAACAUUUUAGGAGCUCAGAGCAAAGACAUAUAUUGCAUGAGUAACAGCUUCACUGCAAUUGCCAAACUUCUUGUCAAACAUCUUGAAAAAGACAUUACUACAACAGUGAGAACAGAAGCUGGAACUGAGAAAGAACCUGCUGCAGAUUCCAACAAUGAUGAGACUAUGAUCAAUGAAAAUUCAGGAGUUCAGACGCUCCAGAUGAAAAGACGAGCAUUUGAAAAAAAGAUGACGAACGAGAGCAGUGACCCCAGUCGUGUACGUCGGCACAGCCUGGGCCAAGCGUCAAGAGAGGAAUGGAAAGCAAUGCGAUUUAACAGGUCAAAAAGCCUUGCUCUUCAUGCAAUGUAUACAAAGUCAAUAUGCUCUGAAAAUGAUGAAGGAGAGAAUGGAGAUUUUACAACAGACAUCACCUUUUCAGACAGGUCACUCAGUGAAGGGAGUGUUAAGCAACUUUUGGCUCAAGAACUUGAUGAACAUAAACAUCAGUUGCUUUCUCUUUCUCACUUUGAUAUUACACCGAAGGAAGCAAGAAAUUCCUGUGAUAUCAUCAAUAGUAAAUCUCAGGAAAGUAGUACAGAAAAUCUGGUGUGUAAUGUGGAAGCAAAGGAUCAACUCUAUCUGCACUUGAAAGCAAAUAUUGAUGAAGUGAAGGCAUUUUUUUCUGAAAUGGUGAAGAGGAUCCCCAUCCCAGAUCAGUGUGUUAUUGAAGAUUCCAUUAGUAAAUGUGUGGCUAAAUUGCUCUUCAGUUGCCCACAAAAAGGAUUUUACUGCCUGUACAGUAAAUCCAGCUUCACCCUCAACAGUGAGCAGCCCCAACUCUGGAUCUACAUCAUGUUUCUUUUCCAACAGAGCUGUUCAGCAAGUCCCCUGUCCUCCCAGGAUGCAUCAGUACAAAUUCUUAAAGCACUAUGGGAGAAGACACAGCUGAAGGAAACACACAACUUUGAAACAGCAAUGAUCCAGACAAUUCACUAUAAGAAGGAUCUCGACAGGCUGCAGACGCAUCUUGAAGAUGUGAGGUUUUUUGACUUGUUUGGUUACAGUGAGGAAGCAGGAGUCUGGCAGUGCUUCAUGUGCAACAAUCCUGGAAAGGCUACAGUUGUAAAUCAGGAUGGUCAACCACUCAUCGAAGGCAAGCUCAAAGAAAAACAAGUGAAAUGGAAGUUUAUAAAGAGAUGGAAGACCCGUUAUUUUACACUGGCUGGGAAUCAGCUUCUAUUUCGUAAAGGAAAAUCAAAAGAUGAUCCAGAUGAUUGUCCAAUUGAACUGAGCAAGGUACAAAGUGUAAAGGUCAUUGCUAAAAAACGGAGAGACCGUAGUCUUCCUCGAGCCUUUGAAAUCUUCACAGACAACAAGACCUAUGUCUUCAAAGCAAAGGAUGAGAAGAAUGCAGAGGAGUGGUUACAAUGUAUCAAUGUUGCAGUGGCUCAGGCAAAAGAAAGAGAAAGCAGAGAGGCAACAACAUACCUAUGAAUAAAUUUGAGAUAAAUUGGACGAAUGGAUAGACUGGCAGCAAUAACUGUCAAGAUAAAUCACUACAUAGAUUUUGCAGAUGUAUUUCAAUGUAGAGCAUCUAAAUCUUAAGGAGAAAUGUAGUAUGAACAAGUGUGGGAGAACUGUAUCCUGUAUAAUUAUCAAAGUAAUAAGACAUCAGACAAACAAAAUUUUAAUAAUAAAGAUCAGCAACAUAGGGUCUGUCAAAUCAGCAUCACCAUAUGAACUGUCAAAGAAUUAUGUUAAAAAUAUUUGGAAAAAUUAAAAUCUGGAAAAUUUAGCAAUGAUUAAGUAAAUGGCAACGCAUUGGUUACAGCGCAUGACUUUAAAAUGGCUUAACUAUUUUGUGAUUUCUGAACUCAGAAUUCUAGAAAAAUUAAGAUUCAUUUCAUGUACAGAACUAUCUUACUGUAAAUGAUAUACUUAUCAAAAAUCUCAUUGGUUUCUGCUCUGGUUUCAACACUUUAAACAAAAAGAAAAUUAUUUUAAAAUAGCAAAUGUCUUACUUUAAAUUGCGUUAGCACAUUACAUAUAGGUUUUUGAAACCUAAACUGCGCUUAUGAGGGUCAACAUGUGACUCAAAAUAAGCAUAUUAUUAAAUUGCUUGCAUUUUGUAACCAUGUGAGGGGGUGUGCUUUAAUGCUUGAAGCUUUUGAAUUUGCUCAUUAGUGCACAGUCAAGAUGGCUUCUAUAACCCAUUGAGGAACAAAAACUUCAUUCCCAUUUCCCAAGGCUCAGUAACAAUGGUGCCAUCUUAGCUGGUAAAGAACAGAUAGAAUAGAAUAGAAAGAUCCCAUGUUAUCUCCGGGGCGAUAACGAGAUCACUUCAAGUGCCCGUACCAUCUCUGGGAUACAGUCAGGAAAUGAGUAACUUGUUCACACUUCUUCCUGUGGUGGAACAUGUCUGUGGGGCUUGGGUGAGGACGGCAUCAGGUUCAACUCCAGUUAUGCUGGCCCCAUAAUUGUAAAAAUCAAUGGAGCUCACUCUCUGAAUUUAUGCAUCAAGAAUAGGCAAACCUCAGGAGAUGGAGACAAAGGGGAAAUAAUUGUAGAAGCAAAAAAUAGGAAACGGGAAAAGAGCAGAAAGUGCAGCCAGUAUUUAUUUCACACUUGGUUUAGGUAUAUUUUAGUCACAAAAAAGUUUUUCCUCAGCCCUUUGUGGAGUUGUUGAAUCAUGUGAAAACUACUUUCUCACAGAUUUAGCUAAGCCAGAGUAACAUGUCAUUAUGUGGAAUAACAUAGACAAUGAUUUUUAUGCAGUAAACUACAGAUGUAAUACGUUUGUUUUGGCUCUGUCUAUGAAUUAAUUUGGUAGACCCCCAACCCAGCACAUGAUUCCUUUUACAUAUCUAGCACUCAACUGUUAUUUUGUACAAUAUAGACUAGUUCGUUUUUUGAUUCCAUUCAUCAAAUGUGAAUAGAUUCCUCUCAAAAUGGGUUUGAAGCAAUUUGAAGAAAUCCUUGGUUAACAAAAGCUGAGAUGUGAAAUGGCAUGCACAGUAUCCAAUGUUACAGGUGUAAAAUUAUGUUAAAAUAAUUGGAGAUUGUUGAGAUAAACCUUUCAGAAAAAAAUGCAAUAUUAGGGAGGCAUAAGUUGUAUUAAGGUUUUAUGCAUUUUACCGGCUGAUCUUAUUCAAUUUCGUUGUAGAAAUUUAUCAUUAGCUGAAAGUUCCACUUAGUUUUACAGAUAUUUCCAGCUUUGUGUCUACUAAAUAUUCCUAUUUUUGUAGCACUUAUUCUUACUCUAAGUAUUCCUCGUUUGCAUUUUUGUUACUUUUAACUCUAAUUGCAAUAUUUUGAUUACAUUCAUGAGUUUUGGUCCUGGGAAAAUAAAAGAAACCUGGCACAUCUCAAAGAUAUGAAUCAGGAAUUUCCUUGGAGCUGCUCCUGAUCCUCCAUUGCAAAUUUACCAGAUGUGCAGUGAACACCCCAUGAAUGCAUCAGACCAGGGUCCAGCUGAAUUUCCGAAUUACCACAGUGGUGCUGAAGCAGCUCCAAGGAAAUUCUCAGCCAGUAUUAACUCAGUUUAUUUGAUGACCUCUCAUUCAGACUCACUAAAGAUUUAAGCACAUAAUCUAGGCUGAUACUUUAGGAGUGAAAUGUCCAGAUCAGAUAAACUAAGGUCUGCUGCUCAGGUGGGUGCAAAGCAGCUGACAGCGCUAUUUGCAGAAGACCGCAGUUCUGAAAUGUGAUAGUAUUAUGUACUUAAAGGGGAAAAUGUCCAAGCAAACCUAGUCAUUCAUCCGUUCAUUUAUUGUUGGUAGAUUUUUUUUCUCUGUGCAAAUUGGCCACCAGCUUUGUCUAUAAGUGGCAGUGAGUGCAAUUCAAACAUAAUGGAGUGGUUAGAAGGUACUUUGGGGCAUCCUGAGAUUGUGAUAAAGUACUAGCUAAGUUAUUGUUAACAAAGCAGUUCUUACAAAUAGAGUUCCCUUCUAUAAAUACUGUGAAUUUGAAAUGACUCUCCUCAAUAACUUUACUUAGGACAAACAGUGCAAGUUCAAGGAGAGACAAACAUUGUUGUAUAUAGUUUUCACAUGUUUUCCCUCAUAUACAUAUUAUAAUUAUAUUUCAGUCAAGAGGGUUGGAUGUAGACUUCAUGGUUGUAGUAGAUGCUAGCCUGUAAUCUGCUACGAAGCGAAUUCCUUUUUCUCUUUUCUGGCAGUUAUCUCUUAUGUAGUAGCCUAGCUCAGAGCAAAAGAAAAAUCCUUAAGAAUGGAUGAGAGCUCAACAACCAAAGUUAGGAUAUAAACUUGUGUUUUGGUGCUUGUUUGCAUUUUGGUUGAAUAGCAGCAUGUAACACUGGCCCCCAGAAACUCUGUAUCUUCCCCAGGCACUGACAAUCUUUUUUUUAAAAAAAUUUCAGCUCAAACUGUGUAAAGCUGAAAAUUACCUGAUAUUGGGCUAUUGGGAUAUCAUUAGUACCUUUACAAUUGUCAUACUAUUGUAAUAACAUAUAUAGCUAGAAAAUGCUGAGUAAAAAAAUUAAAGAGUUAUUAAAAAUUG